AUGAGCCGAGAAAGCACAGGCAACCAACCACUCUGGUGGUCAAGACAUCUCGAGGUGUGUUCUUCUGCCUGGUCUCUUUCCUGCGCCAUGGUAGACGAACAGUCCUCGAAGAGGUACCAAUGUGACGUCAGUGCUGCACGACGUGGUUUGCUGCCAGACGCAAGACGGAGGACGGAGGAUGGGGGCGAUUCAAACAAGCCGACCACGAAACAGCAUGGCAGCUCGCCAAUCUCGUGGCAGACUGGUACAAGGGGUCGACUUCUUUGCCCCGCCAGGCAACCAGAUGCAUUGAGGGGACAGGGGCAGGGUCAAACGGCAUGCAAUGGCAUCCUGGGGUCUAUUUAUUGGAGGGAAAGACAACUUUCAGAACAAAGGUGA